ACUUCCUCGGCUUUGCCAAGUUUCAUUCACUUCCUUCCAUUCUUCAAUACAAUUUCCUCUCUUCUUUUACUUCCCGUUGAUGUGGCGGUAACAGCAUCUUCGAUGAGGAGAAUGAAGCUCAAGUCAUGGCAAAGGUGUUGUUCUAGGCAAAUUAGGGAGCAGAGGGCUCGGCUCUAUAUCAUAUGGAGGUGUACUGUGUUGCUGUUAUGUUGGCAUGACUAGCCUUUCUGAUCAGCUCAAGUCAUGUCUGGAUUUCGGAUUAUUGACUGAACUGAAGAAUGAAAGGUGCAAAAUAUAGAUGUUUGAGGUUUGGUAGUUAGGAAAAACUAAUCAUACUGGGAAAAUUGUAUGUAGGUUGGAUCUGUACAUUUUGGGGAAUGCUGUGUAAUAUGAUAUGUACCAAGCUUAAAGAAGAAGACUAAUAAUAGAGCAUUUUAGUUCAAUAUUGUAAGGAGUGUACUGGUUCUGAGCAUGAUCUUGCAUGU